AUGGACUUCGUUAAUGGGUUACCCCUAACACCCACUAAAAUGGAUUCUGUUUGGGUCAUCGUGGACCGAUUGACCAAGACUGUACAUUUCAUUCCCGUGAAAAUAGACUUCUCCCUACAGAAGUUGGCAAAACUGUACAUUUCUGAGAUAGUGAGGCUACAUGGGACAGAUGGUCAGUCAGAGAGGGAGAUCCAGAUACUGAAGGACAUGUUGAGGGGUUGUAUUAUCGACUUCUGGGGCAGUUGGGAGGAGUACUUGCCUUUAGCAGAGUUCGCUUACAGCAAUAGACAGAAGUCCUACGCUGAUUUGAAGAGGAAAGACAUCGAGUAUUUUGUGGGGGACAUGGUUUUCCUUAAGGUCUCGCCAUGGAAGAAAGUUUUGAGGUCCGGUCGCAAGGAGGAGAUUGAGGUUAGACCAGAUCUAACGUUCAAGGAAGAGCCGGUUCAGAUCCUAGAUCGCAACGUUAAGGUUCUGCAUAAGAAAUCUAUCCCUUUAAUGAAUGUGCUGUGGCAGAAUCAUAGCACUGAGGAGGCCACUUGGGAGCCAAAGGAUUCGAUGCGUCAGCAAUAUCCUCACCUCUUCUGA